GACGAGGGAGAACGGUCAUGUGAUCUGGUGGCAGCUGAAGUAGUAGUGAACGGGUUGAGCUGGGGGCGAAAAGAGAAUAAUUUCGAAAAACGAGUUUCGUGUGUAGAGUUUAACUGUGUUCGGAAGGGGCCUGGAUUUGAAACAUGCAAAAUGUCAUAAACUCAGUGAAGGGGACGGCGCUGGGAGUGGCCGAGUUUCUUACCCCGGUGCUCAAGGAAUCCAAGUUUAAAGAAACGGGAGUCAUCACCCCGGAAGAGUUUGUGGCAGCGGGUGAUCAUCUAGUCCAUCACUGUCCUACAUGGAAAUGGGCUUCUGGGGAAGAAGCGAAAGUGAAGCCUUAUUUGCCAAAAGACAAGCAGUUUCUUCUAACUCGCAAUGUCCCCUGCUACAAGCGAUGCAAGCAGAUGGAGUAUUGCGACGAGCAAGAAGCCAUCAUUGAGGAGGACGAUGGCGACGGGGGGUGGGUGGACACUUUCCACAACGCAGGAGUAACCGGGGUGACUGAGGCGGUUCGGGAAAUCACGUUGGACAGUAAGGACAACAUGAAUCUCAAUGUCCGCUCAGGGGUUGGUCCAGAUGACGAGGAGGAUGACGAUGAGGGCGAGGCAGCUGACAUGGAAGAAUAUGAAGAAAGUGGGCUUUUGGAAACGGAUGAGGCGACUUUGGACACCAGUAAGGUAGCGGAAGCCAAUAACCCUAAAGCAGAUGCUGGUUCAGAAGAUGUCAUUCUGCAGACCCGAACCUACGACCUCUACAUCACUUACGACAAAUACUACCAAACUCCACGGCUCUGGCUGUUCGGAUAUGAUGAGAAUCGGCAGCCUCUAACAGUGGAGCAGAUGUACGAGGACAUCAGCCAGGACCAUGUGAAGAAGACUGUGACCACGGAAUACCACCCUCACCUGCCUCCUCCUGCCAUGUGCUCUGUCCACCCCUGCAGACAUGCAGAAGUGAUGAAGAAAAUAAUUGAAACUGUUGCGGAAGGAGGCGGAGAACUUGGAGUUCAUAUGUACCUUCUAAUUUUCUUGAAAUUUGUGCAAGCUGUCAUUCCUACAAUAGAAUAUGACUACACAAGGCAUUUCACAAUGUAAAGCUCAGUUAAGAUAAAACUUCAAAACCUUUGGUUACAGAGCUUGGAGUUUGAUGGGAACAUUGCUGCCCAUGGUAUAUGAACUUAAUCCCUCUCCUCUGCAGUGACAUUGGAAAUGUCGGUUUUGGGAUUUCAAGAAACUUUUUGCAUGAUGGAUGGAUAGUUUUCUGAUGCCAUGCUGUGGUUCAUCACAUAACCCUGUUAUUCUCUCCUUUUCAGUCUGCUUUCAGAAAGAGCAUUUCUGGUGAUUCAUUUCUUGGUGCUUUAAAGCAUAAUCUCUUGAUAUUAAAAAUAACAUUGCACACAUCAAAUUUAUGAACUGUUCAGAGCCCUUGACAUUUCUGGUAUGUAAACAGCUACUACCUACUGUAUACUACUCCCCUUUAAAAGUAAACAUUUAUCAUUUGGAUUAUUUAGCCUUUUGACUAUAUAUUAUUCACAAAUUUGCAAUACAAGAGCUCAAAAAAGUGCAACAAAAAAUAUCACUCAUUACUACCCAGCUAAUAAUGUACUCUAGGCACCUUGUAUGUCUUAAGAACAGUCUUGGCACUGUGCUGUGAUCACCUUUUCUAAGGAUGACCGACCACUAUGACAGAGCUGCACAGUCUGGUUCUAUAUAGCUGAUGCUAACAGUUUUUCUGCCUGCUGGUCAGCUCUUGCAGCUGCGUGGGCUAUAGAAGCAUCACUACCACAGUGUGGUGUUUGUGCUCCUCCUGCUGUAUGGAUUCUUCCCUCAGCCUCAGUGGCUGUGACUGACAAAUGAAAUAAUAUCAGAGAGACUGUCACUCGCACAGCGGUGAGCGUGCAAUGUUUCUGAUGCUUGUAUUAUUCCAGGUGUUGGCAGCAAGUCUUAGAAUUAUCAGUGUCCUUCAGUCUUGGAGAUAUUCUGAUUUCUGUUGCCCUAAAUAUUUGCAUAAUAUGAGGAAAUUUAUCCACAUUAAUUCAUUCUGUAUGUUUUGGAACUGUUAAGGUCUUAAAUAUGAAGAAUCGCUGGUGUGGAUGGUGAUUUUAAUUCCCAUCUACUGUAUACGUUCAUGCUUCUACCUGGCGUCAUGAGCUCUAAUGGAAAGAGUUCUUAUCCCUAGUGCUAGCCUGGCAUGUAUUUUGUGAAUAUUAUUUGUAUACUAUCAUUUAAUUCAAGAGGUCUGACUGUUCAGUAAAACAAUCAAUUUUGGGGAUAAAAUGAGAAGAGAAAUAAUUUGGAAGACUAAAUAAAGCAUUUUCUAACUGUG